UUAAGUGUGCAGCUACUUAUGAUUUAUAUACUCACAUCUUCAUUAAGUUUAAACAAAAUAUUCUUUGAAAUAAGAGAAGUUAAAAUGAGAAUGAUGAAAUGGAUAUAUUUAUUCUUUUUACCCUAGUUACAAUAUUUCAAGCUUCAUGGUCCUACUAUAUUUCAAAUACAACACUGCCAUGGUCAAGGAAAAGAGAUGGAUGCAAUACUCGUGUAGCGACACCUACCAUACUAUAUGGCCACAAAGACCUUACCGUAGAUAUGAAUGGAAAAAUAACAAAACAAGAAGUCUGGGUCGGAUACUAUCAACAAACUGCCUUGUUUGAAUACAUAGGGUGCAUGAGUUCAGAUGACUUAGAUAUACAAAUACCCCAAUUACAACUCGGUGAACUGGAUAUCGGACGGUGCUAUUCUGCUUGUUCCCACUCGCCUUAUAUCGGGAUACAGAAGAAUAAGUGUUAUUGCUUACCAGACAAACCUAAGGAAAACAUAAGACAACUUGGCUGCAAUUAUGGGUGUACAAAUAACGCUGCUUGUGGCGGACUCAGAUUCAUUUCAGUGUACAAAAUGUUAUCUCACAACGACUCUAGACACAUUCCUGAAAAACAAGAGUACAACAAAAGCUGUCUCAGAUUAGAUAUUGCCAGAACAGGAAGUAAAACAUAUCAAUGGAGACUUUGUUCCGACAAAAUGUGGGUAUUUUGUACGUUUGGUGAGUUUUGUUUCUUAUUACAGCUAGUAUGACUUACUGUGUAAUUUGAAAAUUAUUUCGAUUUCUUCGUUACUCAACAUUUGGAUACAUUAAUUUUGAAAUGUAAUUUGAUGAACAUUAAAUAUAAGGAAAAGACAAACAAGUAACCAGGGGAAAAUAACGACAACUUUGUUUCAAAUUGCAAACCAGCGCAUUAAUUUCUUAAAUGCAUAUAUUAUUUGAAGCACUGGCUUAAAUUCGAUUUCUAUAUCUUGCUACCAUUUUUUUCCUCUUAAUUUCGUAUUAUAUGUGCGUAAAAGUACUAUACAUUAUUAAUCAUAAAGAUAUCCAACCGAUCAUAUGGUUCAGUAUAAAAGUGUUAACUUAUAUGACCUUAGUCGUUAUAUUUCAAACAACUGUGUGCAUACAUACGUGAACAUACACAUUAGUUAGAACCACCUUACACUCUAUACUUGUUUAUACCAUGAUUUCUACAUUCUAUGUAUUAUAUGAUGCAUAAUGAAAACAUUACAUUGGUGACUUAUACGUUCAUUGGACUGGGUGCUAUAAUUGUACACAUAUAUAUGUAUGAUUGCUACAUGUAUUUGUCUGUGAACAUGUCACAAUAAUUAACAAUUUACUUACUUACAACCAUAUAACCUGUAUGUCAGUCAUCUUCAUAACGAAUUUAGAAUACAGA